UGGCUCUACCGAUGCUUGGCAAAUGCGAAACAGCGGUAGGAAUGGCCAGGGCAGGGCGACAGAACGCUUCGAAGUAAGAAAGACGAACGAAAGGUCCCACAGAAAGCCUGCUGAAUCGAGCAAGUCAAGUGCCAGUGCUGGCUGGGCAGCGGCCAGCGCACCGACCAAUAGCAAGCCCAAGAAUAUACUCGUCAUAGAUGCAGGGUACACAACCGGUAACGUACAAGAUUUUCUGAACUCGGGCUGGCCAAUGAAAAAGCCAAACGGCAAUGGUUGGCAAAUGGCUCCAAGUACUGGGUGGCAGGGUGCUAAUUCUAACGGUUGGCAAGCAGCGGCUAGUAGCGACGGCUGGCAAGCAUCAAGCGACAACAGCUGGCAGACAUCAGGCAAUGAUGAACAGGUGUACACUGUCAAGACAGCGAGCAUGGACCAUGCCGCGGGUCUCGAGGCGGACACGCCUCCUUUCUUUUCCGGAGCGGGUCCGAGCAAUGGAAAUGGGCACACGGUUCCAGAGAAGCAAGUGUACAUAGUAAAGACCAUCAGCCACAGGCCGGCGCCAAGCUCACCUGCAAUGGCUCCUGCGUGGCCUUCGGAUGGGUGGAGCGACGCACCAGCGAAAUGGCCAUCGGACGGCUGGAACGGAGCCAUGGACAUGCCAAUGACGAUGCAGAACGGUGCAAAUGGCGGGAUCGGUCAACAAAUUCUUGCUUUACUAGGACAGAAGCAGGAAUUCAUUUUAAAGACCCUGCCGAGCCUCUUGCCAUCGGCGCAGCAGUCAGCGCCGUCUGACUGGCCCUCAGGCAACGGAAAGGCUUCCAAGGAAAACCCAUGGGGGUGACUUCGUCCCCGGUGUAUAGUACACACACAUAUAUAUAUAUAUAUAUUGCAAUGCGCCCUUCAAAUACCGAAAAAGAAAACUGCAAAAACUUUCGCUGUGAAAGGAAGCGCGGAAGACUACAUUUGAAUGAAAAAAAUAAAGUUCCUCGUGACAUUGAUCU